AUUUUUUUUAGUUUUCGUGUAACUUUUUACUUCAGGAGUUGCUGUGUUUUGUUCAUGUUACAAUAAUUUACAUUGUAAAACCCGCCAUAUUUAUUGUAUAGGCUUUUAGCUGACACUUAUCGAAGUCUUUGGAAGAUAGAACCGACGUAAAACAUUACAAUGAUCAAGAUAAUCGGUCCAAAAUGCUCGACCUGUUGCAUGUUAACAAGUGUUUGGGGAAUCAUUAUGAUGCUGUGUUUGGGAGGUGCUUACAAACUUCGGAGUCCUGCAUUGUACAAAGAUAUUCCAAUUGACUUUAAAAAUGCUGCGUUAGCUUCCAAUCAAAAAGAAGUAUUUGCUGCCUAUGACAGCAGUGGAACAAAUUGCUUCAUUGCUGCUGGACUCUAUGUUCUUGUUCUUUUCUUUAGUCUUUGGCAAUGGAAAGUUAAUAAGUCUUUACAAACAUACACUGUGCGGUAGCUUUUAAUCUGAAGACAGAAGAAAAGUUUUCGAUGUUAACAAUUUCGUAAGAUUGUACUCUCAAAAAGUUAUCAAUGUCAUUUAAGUGUAAACAUUAAAGAAACUAUCAGUUUACUUUCAAAUUCCAUUUUGGAGUUGUAGAUAUUUGUUGGUAUGGUUGUAUCGUGUCCUUUUAAUUUGUAGAAUUUAACCUCUGUUUAUUGUGUAUUUUGUGCAAUAAAAUUGAAAACUUUGAUCAAUCAUAUUCGUUUUGUUGACUAAUUCCUCAAAACAGAUCUACUUUGCGCGACCCUGGUCGCAUCCGUUUUGGUUGCAACGUAAAUUCCAUUGGCGGUUAACUACAAACUUAGUAAACGAAGAUCGUAUACAAAAGAUUGUUUACUUAAAUGGCUACGAAAAUGAUCUGUGUUGAUAAUCCUACUCAUUAUCAUAACCAGCUCCAGUUUAAUCUCGAUGCUCAAAGCCCUGCAUCCACCGCAAGUCAUACCUUUGGACGUCCAAAGUACUUGUUAAUAGAAAAGGUUCAAAAACAUGUUCCGAAAGUGCGUGUUCCAUCUCCAGAAAACAAAUUCGGCAUGAUGCCUUCGGACAAACUAUCGUUGGCUAUUCAGUUAGCGAAAAUGGAUGUCAGCAACUCUCAGUGGAAUAAUAAUGAGAUACCUGUGAAAGACACAACAAAACCAAGUGUGAAGGCAAAACAACAUCAGCAACAUUUCGAUGAAAGGUUUGUAAAGAAGGUCCAAGUACAGAUGCCUGGGAAUUAUGCCCGAGCUGGCAAGAUCAACAAACCUAAACUAUCCAAACCCCCAAAACCAGUGCCUGCUUUCCGAUCUCACAGAAACAAGCAGAACCAUAUCCGAUUUCAGCAGGAGCCAGAUUUUGAAGAUCAUAUUCGACGGAUCAUUGAACCAGUUCAACCCAAAAGUAAGAGUCGUCCUAUUUCGAAAGAUGCAGUUACUUCAACUGCUGAUCUAAGCAGAGAAGUAGAAAGUUUUGGUCACCGAAGCGAGUUUAAGAACUUUGCGCGGGAACUACAAGGGGUAGUUAAGAAAGAAAAGUUGAUAAAACGGUAUAAUCAGCAACAACCAGCGAAAAGUGGGUUUCUUUCUAUGCACAGGUCCCCUGCAAAAAGAAGUUUUUGUCAAGCACUGUCAACUCCAUUGAGAAUUUCACAUAUAUCAACUCAGCAGAAACCUAGAGAAAAAAGGCAGCUUCCAACGGAAAAGGUUGAGAAAGCAACACUACGCGAUGCAGCAACUUCGCCAAUUUUUUGUCAGAAAAACAAACAAAAACAAAAGGAGUUUGUGCGAGCUUUACACAAUGAUACAUCUGAUACCGAUGAAAACUGGCUCAGUUUUACUGCGAGCUCAGGCACAGAGGAUAGUUAUUUUGGAAAAACUGAACCAAAGCAAUUAGAAAGAAGAAGAAGAGGUUUCAAAAAACCCGAAACCGAUAAAAGAAAGCAACAACAAAAAGGUCUAAAGGACAGGCUUGUGGCAUCAAUUUUGCAGGACUUUUUUGCAGACACAGCAAAAGAGGUUCAUAAACAUGAGUAUGAACCAAAAUUGUUGCAGAGCAUGGCUAACGAGCCAACAUGUGAAGCGAUGUACAGAAAAAUUGAGCAAAUGGAACAAGAAGAGACAGAAAUACGAAAAAGAUGGGAGACAAUACAAUAUGAAGAUAUAAAACUAAGAACAACUGAACCCAGACAUAACAGGACUAGCUCUGACAACACUGAGGAGCCUCGAACCUCUUCUCCACAACCUCUCUGCUUCACCAACAAAGAUUGUGCUAAAGGAGAAGAAAUUUCAAAACCUUCUGUUCGUUUUAUGCAAGAAGAACCUGGCUUUCACACAUUGUAUAUGUCUCCUACAUCAUCUACUAAACCAUCUCCUAAUUCAAAUGCAAUCAAAUUAACCCUUAACAAAGACACAGCCGAAUCCAUUCAUACAAACAGAGCCAAAUACAACAAUUACCUAAAGCAUACAUACCAUGAACCAAAGGGUGCAUUUAACCCUUGGAAAAUCGUACAAGAACUCUCAGAAGACGUCAUGAAACAAGUGAUCUCUGAAGUUGUGAAUGAACUCGAUGGUUUAUGUGAUGAUUACGUUGAACAUGUAUUUGAAUCAGAAUUUGCUGAUCCCAGUCAAUCCCUCGCAUCCGGAGUUGAUCCUUCAUCUUCUUUUUCCACAAUUUCUCAAAUUGUAGAAGAAUCCUCACUUGCUCUGAGCUCUCACAUUUGAGAGGUUUUAAGCAAUACCGCAACUUAAUCUAUUUUUGUACCCUUCUAUAUAUCGUGAUUUAUUCGUGAUUUAUCUUACUUUAACCCAUAUAAGGUGGGCGAUUUUUAUAACUUUGCUCGUCUUGUCGUGGCAACAAAAACUCGACGCGUUAGUUUACUUAGCAAUGCAGUUAAAGAUGGCGACUUCGGGGGCAUGCUUAGGCUAGUUCGUCUACGUUAAAAUAUUUUCGCGUCUCAAUAAAACUUGCUAAACUAGUUUAUUAAUUGCAAUAAAUAUUUGUCAC